UCGGCCCAUGGAUGACAACUGUGCAGUUUGUCUUCCAAUUAACUAAGAGGUGCUCUCCAUCCCUCAUUAGCAUAAAAGCCCUAUAAGUAGCAGAAAUCCGCUCAUUGCUUUCGACACGUUUCUGGUGUUUUAAGAUGCCUGAGCCAGCGAAGUCCGCUCCCGCCCCGAAGAAGGGCUCCAAGAAGGCGGUGACCAAGGCCCAGAAGAAAGACGGCAAGAAGCGCAAGCGCAGCCGCAAGGAGAGCUACUCCGUAUACGUGUACAAGGUGCUGAAGCAGGUGCACCCCGACACCGGCAUCUCCUCCAAGGCCAUGGGCAUCAUGAACUCCUUCGUCAACGACAUCUUCGAGCGCAUCGCGGGCGAGGCUUCCCGCCUGGCGCAUUACAACAAGCGCUCGACCAUCACCUCCAGGGAGAUCCAGACGGCCGUGCGCCUGCUGCUGCCCGGGGAGCUGGCCAAGCACGCCGUGUCGGAGGGCACCAAGGCCGUCACCAAGUACACCAGCUCCAAGUAAACUUGCCAAAAGGAGACAACAGCCUUUAGAAAUAUCUUUUCCAACACUCAUCACUGCUGGAAACUGUUUCAUCUUGCAAAUAAACCAGUGAAAACGAAUGAUCCUAGAAGAAUGUAAACAGAGGUAUUUUGAACAAUCAGGGAAGAACCAAUAAGAAAAAUUAGCUUGGACCUGGCUAAGAAAAAUUAGCUUGUUUUUUUCUGGUUAUAAAACUAUUAAACUGUUCUUCAUAGAAAUUUAUGAAAUGAGAAGCAUAAAGACAAAAUUAAAAUAA